AUGAAUUCAACGCGAGCGUUUAAAAUCCCAACUUUCUGGCGUACCAACCCAGAACUUUGGUUCAAACAAAUUGAAUCCGUUUUUUAUACAACCAGAAUUACAGCUGACGCAAGUAAAUUUCAUCAUGUUGUUUCUUCUAUGGAAAGUGAAAUUCUUGCUCAAGUUAGUGACAUAAUACUCAAUCCACCAGAAACGAAAAUGUACGAAGCAUUAAAAACCCGGCUCAUCGAAAGAUUUUCCGAAUCUGAACAAUGUCGGCUUAAAAAAUUACUGACCGAAGUCGAACUCGGUGAUCGGAAACCAUCCCAUUUUCUUUCAGAAAUGCGUCAACUAGCUAAUGGAAAAGUAACUGAUGAAAUACUCAAAAUACUAUGGAUACAAAGGUUACCACAUCAGGUAAAAACUAUCAUUUCAGCUAGCAACGACAAGUUGGAUAACUUAGCUUCGAUGGCAGAUAAAAUUAUCGAAGUAUCGGACAGCCGAAAUGAUUGUUUUUCCAUUGCCAACAUUAGUGACAAGGUCACAAACCGUCAGUCACAUGAACAAGCUGACGAUGCAACGACAAUAAGAAAAUUGGAACACCAGAUCGCAGCACUCGCACAAGCAGUAGAGCGACUUAGCAACAGCAACUCUCGUAGCUACAAUAGGCGUCACUCAAAAUCACCUAUGCGCCGAGACAAUUCACGACCACGAUAUGAUACAUGUUAUUAUCAUUACCGAUUCAAAGAUAAGGCUACUAAAUGCAAACCACCGUGUAAAUACCAGCACACGUCGGAAAACUAUAAACGAUCUACUGUCGAGACGACCGACGGUAGUGAGUUUCAAUCUCGUCGUCUAUUUAUUGUUGAUAAAAUAACAAAAACUCAAUACUUAAUUGAUACUGGUGCGGACUUUUCGGUUUGGCCAGCAGAUCCUAAGCAGAAACGCAAUAAAAUAAAAGAUGGUAACCCUACUUUAUUCGCAGCCAACGGGUCAAUAAUAAAAACAUACGGUGACAAAUUAAUUGCUGUAAAUUUAGGUUUAAGACGUGUUUUUAAAUGGAAAUUUAUUGUCGCAGCAGUCAGUAAACCAAUUAUAGGUGCUGACUUUCUCCACUACUUCGGCUUAUUAGUGGACUUAAGAAGUAAACGCCUAAUUGAUGAAAAUACCAAUUUAGCCACCGCCGGAAAAGUUAAAAAGACGAUAUCCUCGGGCAUCUUCGCUUUUAAAGACGAUUCAGCAAGACGCAUUGAAAAAAUGAGCGAAGAGAAUGUUGGAAAAAUAAAAAUAGAAAAACUGAAGUUAAUCUGGAUAGAUAAAGAAAGGAAUGAUGAGGUUAUCCAGAGAUCAAUGUGGAACCAUCUAAGAAUGAUAAUAAAAAUGUGGAUUUGA